AUGGAUAUAGAUUCCAUGGCACCUGGUGAGGGAUGCCAAUUUUCUGGCUUCGAUGCAAUUAAAGGUAUGUACACCAGGGGAGCUCCUGCAAUUAUGCUUGUUGGAUGUUUCUCUGUAGUGGUUGAGUUGGAUAGGGCUAUCAAUAAAGGUGAGGCCGAACUAUUAGGUUAUAACUUAGAAAAUAGGGCUAUGUUUGAACAUAGGUUUAUGGAAAGAUUAAAAUCAUUGGUUGAAUCAAGGCCUACAGCUGUAAAUUUGGCUAAUGGUUGUGAGAAGAUUCGGAGUAUUGUUAAUGCGGAGAAGCUGAACGAUUUGAGCUCGCUUUUCAAUUGUAUUCUUACCUUCAGUAGUAACUUAUAUAAAGACGACUUACAGGCCAAUCUUAGUAUCGGCAAAAAUGGUGUGAAGUACAUUUACGAUGAAUUGGAAAGUGAAAACUUUCAUGGAGAUUUUGCUGUCAUGACUAUCUGCAACACGGGCUCUUUGGCUACUUCUGGUCAUGGCACUGCUUUAGGUAUCGUCAGAUCUCUUCAUGAAAGGGCCAGAUUGGAUGCUGGUAAUGGAGCCUUUCAAAUGUCCCAUGUCUAUGCCUGCGAAACCCGUCCCUACAAUCAAGGAUCCAGACUAAGUGCUUAUGAACUCAAGUAUGAAAAAAUACCAUUCACUUUGAUUACUGAUAGUAUGGCAAGCUUCUUAGUUGAAACUCUAUGUUCUCAAGGUAAGGCCACUUCUAGAGGCUUGCGAGACCCUGCUCCUGUCAAGUUCAUUAUUGUUGGCGCCGAUAGGAUUGUGAAAAACGGUGAUUUGGCCAAUAAGAUCGGCACUUUCCAACUUUCAUUGAUUGCUUCCUUGUAUCCUUCUGUAAACUUUAUUGCUGCUGCUCCUACUACCACCAUUGAUAAUUCCCACUCAAUCGGAGACGAGAUAGUCAUUGAGCAGCGACCAGAAAGAGAGUUAUGCGAGGUGAGAGGAGGUGAAAUUGAAAAAGCUUCGGGAGACUUUGCUAUCGAUCCUACUACGGACCAUGUCAAGUUGACUAAAGUGAGAAUAGCACCUCGGGGUAUUCACGUAUGGAAUCCCUCCUUUGACGUUACUCCUCAUAAGAACAUCGAUUGUAUUGUUACUGAACUCGGAUACAUCUUGAAAGACUCCAGUGGGGAGUUCCACAUGUAA